AUGGCCGGUAUAUUUUCAUUAGGAACUGGAGGGAGGUGUGAGGAAGAAGAUAACCAAGAAAAUAACACUAUCAAUAUCAAUCCACCACCACCACCCGGACCUGAAUUUUGGUACAAUAACCCCAACAAAACCGAUGAUUCUGUCGCCGGAUACCGUGGUUUUGAGAUUUGGAACCAGCAGCAGCAACACCACCAGUUUUUGCCUCUACAGCAAGAUCUUUACACUGGUGUUGCCUUAGGAGUGGGCCCUAGUAGGGUUUUAUCUUCUGAUGACAAUAGAUCUGCGUUUGUCGUGGCUUCUGGAGCUGUUGGAGGGAUUAGCUGUCAAGAUUGUGGGAAUCAGGCCAAGAAAGACUGUCCUCAUGCACGCUGCAGGACUUGCUGUAAGAGUAGAGGCUUUGAUUGUCAAACUCAUGUGAAGAGCACUUGGGUUCCUGCUGCAAGAAGAAGAGAGAGACAACAGCAACAACUUGCUGCUCCCAAACCACCACAACAAUACGGAGAUACCGUUACUGAAACCAGACAGAGAGAUCUUAACAACAACCAAAUCCCUAAUUCUGCUUUGGCAUGCGCUCGUUUACCUCCAAACCCUUCAGGGUUAAUAGACGAGGCGAAUUUUCCGGCUGUGGUGAACUCUCCGGCGGAGUUCAGGUGCGUGCGAGUUACUUCCGUUGAAGACGCUGAAGAGGAAAUUGCAUAUUCAACUGCUGUGAACAUAGGAGGCCAUGUUUUCAGAGGAAUUUUGUAUAAUUAUGGUCCUGAUAUGAAUAACAACUAUAUCUCUGCCGGAAACACCCCUCCUAGCGGUGGCGAAGCGGCGGCUCUUCCGUUGAAUCUGAUCUCACCUGUCCCAGGGGAACAACUCGUUGAUCCUGCCAUGUAUCCAGCUCCACUCAACACUUUCAUGCCUCCCAGUGGUACGCAAUUCUUCCCCAACCCAAGAUCUUGA